AUAUUGUACAAGUAUACGGCUAAUUUAGAAACGUACAAAAGUAUGAGACCUUAAAAAAAGUAUGUAAGAAAAAUAAUAACUGUUCCAUUAUUAAACACUUUUGUAAUAACUUGCAAGUAAUAGUAAGCGCCGUUUCCGGCUUACAGAGCAAGAAAACUAGGCGGCGAAAAUGGACAUCAGAAUCCUUAACGGUGGCGGCGGAGAGCAGCUGGAGACUUUCGAAGAAGCUGGUGCUGCUACAGCGACCAAUCUCGGCAAUAAGAAACCAUCCAUGUCACCAUCAGUUUCCUCGUCCUCUGUCUCUUCUUCCACAUCGGUGGGGAGAGCUGAGCCGGUGAUUGAUUCGUUUGAGGAGGAGGAUGAGUUUGAGUGGGUGGCUGUUGAAAGAGAGGAUAAAGCUCCGGAGAUUGAGGAAGUUGAGCAUGCUUUCUCUGCACUUCAACUGAUGUUCAAUGAAGAUGAUGGUGAUAAAUCAGAAGACCAAGUUUCAGAUCAGUCGGAGUUUGUAGAUUGGAUUGAGCCUCCAUUGCAGCUCUGCAAUACUAGUCUUCUGCAGCCUUAUAUGCUGGACAGAUUCUACGACGCCUUUCAUCUGUUUCAGACGGAUCCCUCAGUUCAGAGAAUGGUUAUGUCAUUGGCUUCAGACAGGGCUGUUUGGGAUGCGGUGAUGAACAAUGAGGUUGUCCGUGAGCUCAUUACCAACGCAGCUGAGAGUGACAGGUCAGAAGAAGAGACUGUUUUAUCCGUGAACUUCAUAAGGAGGCUGCUUCAGAGAAGUGCCGUCAAAAUCAUGGACGCAAUGGAAGUAGUCACAAAGUACGUCACCGACCUCUUCAGUGGAGAUGAUGAUACGGUUGUUCCUGGAGAUGAGACGGUUGUGUUAGCCACAGGUGCUGCGCCAGCAAUAGAGAAGCUUCAGAUGACGGUUCUGCUCACCAUUGUUGUUUUGCUUAUCGUGUUCAUAACCAGAGCCACAAGAGCUAGAUAGUAUAAAACACUCAUGGUCCAUCGCCUGUGUUAGAAUUGUAUAAGAGAUCUCUGCAGCUGUGAUCCUUGUGCUACUAUUUGUUGUAAUAAAAGAAAAACAGUGAUUUCAAACACAACAUAUACAUCAUUUGAAAUCA